ACCACCCCCCAACAGUCGCAUUCACAUGCAUAAAACCCCGCUUCCAUUUCUCACUCUCCUCCACCGUCCACAGCUCGCUUUCUCUCUUUCUCUCUCUCACUAAAUUCGCAAUUGGAAUCAGCUGCCGAACCAGCGGACGGUGAAAAGCUCAGAUUUGGUGAUUAAUGGCGGGGAACGAUUGGAUAAACAGUUACCUGGAGGCCAUUCUGGACGUGGGACCGGGACUCGUCGACGAUGCCAAGUCGUCGUUGUUGCUAAGGGAGAGAGGACACUUCAGUCCCACCCGAUACUUCGUCGAGGAGGUCAUCACCGGCUUCGAUGAGACCGAUCUCCAUCGCUCCUGGGUUCGCGCUUCGGCGACGAGGAGUCCCCAGGAGAGGAACACCAGAUUGGAGAAUUUGUGCUGGCGGAUUUGGAACUUGGCUCGCCAGAAGAAGCAGCUUGAGGGCGAAGAAUCUCAACGGAAGGCUAAACGUCGUCUUGAACGCGAAAGAGGUCGCAGAGAAGCUACUGCUGAUAUGUCUGAAGACUUGUCUGAGGGAGAGAAGGGAGAUACGGUGAGUGACAUGUCAGCUCACGGUGAUAGUCACAGAGGAAGACUGCCUAGAAUUAACUCUGUUGACGCGAUGGAGACAUGGAUUAGCCAGCAGAAGGGGAAAAAGCUAUAUAUUGUACUAAUAAGCCUUCAUGGUCUCAUACGAGGUGAACAAAUGGAGCUUGGUCGUGACUCCGAUACUGGUGGUCAGGUUAAGUAUGUAGUAGAACUUGCACGGGCAUUGGGCACCACGCCAGGAGUGUACAGAGUUGAUCUGCUAACAAGACAAGUGUCAUCGCCGGAUGUAGACUGGAGUUAUGGUGAGCCGACAGAGAUGCUGACUCCAAUAAAUGCAGAAGGUUUUGAAGAAGAGAUGGGGGAGAGCAGUGGUUCUUAUAUCAUUCGUAUACCAUUUGGUCCCAAAGAUAAAUACAUUCCCAAAGAAGAACUCUGGCCACACAUCCCUGAAUUUGUUGAUGGUGCAUUGAACCACAUAAUGCAAAUGUCCAAAGUUUUGGGUGAACAAAUUGGUGGCGGGAAGCCAGUCUGGCCUGUUGCCAUCCAUGGGCAUUAUGCAGAUGCUGGUGACUCUGCUGCCCUUCUAUCUGGGGCUUUAAAUGUACCGAUGCUUUUUACUGGCCACUCACUCGGCCGAGAUAAGUUGGAGCAACUUUUAAAGCAAGGCCGACUUUCAAGGGAUGAGAUAAACAAAACAUAUAAAAUAAUGCGUCGGAUAGAGGCAGAGGAGUUAGCCCUUGAUGCCUCCGAAAUAGUUAUUACCAGCACUAGACAGGAGAUAGAAGAGCAAUGGCGGUUGUAUAAUGGUUUUGAUCCAAUACUGGAGCGUAAACUACGAGCUAGGUUGAGGCGUAAUGUGAGCUGUUAUGGAAGGUUCAUGCCCCGCAUGGUGGUAAUUCCUCCUGGAAUGGAGUUCCAUCAUAUUGUUCCGCAUGAUGGUGAUAUGGAUGCUGAAACAGAAGCAAAUGAAGACCAUCCAACUUCUCCAGACCCACCUAUUUGGUCUGAGAUAAUGCGUUUCUUUACCAAUCCUCGCAAGCCAAUGAUUCUUGCCCUUGCUAGACCAGAUCCGAAAAAGAACAUUACAACUUUGGUCAAAGCAUUUGGAGAAUGUCGUCCACUAAGAGAGCUUGCCAACCUUACACUCAUUAUGGGUAACCGUGAUGGAAUUGAUGAAAUGUCAAGCACAAGUGCUUCUCUUCUUCUCUCAGUGCUCAAGCUGAUUGACAACUAUGAUUUGUAUGGGCAAGUCGCAUACCCCAAACACCACAAACAAUCUGAUGUUCCCGAUAUAUAUCGUCUAGCAGCAAAGACAAAGGGUGUUUUCAUUAAUCCAGCUUUCAUUGAGCCCUUUGGACUCACUUUAAUUGAGGCAGCUGCUCAUGGUUUACCUAUUGUUGCCACAAAAAAUGGAGGCCCUGUUGAUAUACAUCAGGUGCUUGACAAUGGUCUUCUUAUUGAUCCUCAUGAUCAGCAGUCUAUUGCCGAUGCUCUCCUGAAGCUUGUUGCGGAUAAGCAGCUUUGGGCAAGAUGUCGGCAGAAUGGGUUGAAGAACAUUCACCUAUUUUCGUGGCCUGAACACUGCAAAACUUAUCUAUCCCGAAUAGCCAGUUGCAAACAGAGGCAACCACAGUGGCAGAGAAGUGAGGAUGGAGGAGACACUUCAGAAUCAGAAUCCGCAAGUGAUUCCUUGAGAGAUAUACACGAUUUAUCUUUGAACUUGAAGUUUUCAAUGGAUGGAGAAAAGAGCGGAACUAGUGUAAAUGAUAGUUUAGAUUCUGAAGGAAAUACUGCUGACAGAAGGAGUAAAAUAGAGAGUGCUGUUUUGGCAUGGUCAAAGGGUAUUUCGAGGGACACGCGGAGGGCUGGGUUCUCAGAGAAAGCAGACCAUAACAAUGCUGGAAAGUUCCCAGUUUUGAGGAGGAGGAAACAUCUUAUUGUCAUUUCUGUGGAUUGUGAAACCGUUACAGAACUUAAUGAAAUUACAAAAAAUAUUUUUGAGGCUACGGGAAAGGAAAAGGCUGAAGGCUCUGUAGGAUUCAUAUUGUCAACAUCCUUGACCAUAAUCGAGAUACGUUCAUUUCUGGUUUUCGGGGGCUUGAGCCCUAAAGAUUUUGAUGCAUAUAUUUGUAACAGUGGCAGUGACCUCUACUAUCCAUCUAUUAAUUCUGAGGAUCGCCCCUUCGUGGUCGACUUUUAUUACCAUUCACACAUUGAAUACCGUUGGGGUGGAGAAGGAUUGAGGAAGACAUUGGUACGCUGGGCAACUUCAGUUAAUGAUAAGAAGACUGGGAGUGAGGCAAUUGUUUCUGCAGCUGAUCAACUUUCAACUGACUAUUGUUAUGCUUUUAAAGUGCAGGCACCAGGAAGGUUACCCCCGGUAAAGGAGCUUCGGAAGGUGCUGAGGAUUCAGGCUUUACGAUGCCAUGUAAUUUACUGCCAAAACGGGACCAGAGUGAACGUAAUUCCAGUAUUGGCAUCUCGUUCUCAAGCCCUCAGGUAUUUAUAUCUCCGAUGGGGGGUAGACUUAUCGAAAGUGGUGGUUCUCACUGGAGAGUGCGGCGACACGGACUAUGAAGGAUUGCUCGGUGGACUGCACCAAAGUGUAGUACUGAAGGGAGUUGGCAGGAAUGCAAUCAGUCAACUCCACAAUAACCGAAACUACCCUCUAACCGAUGUCCUGGCACUCGACACCUCCAACAUAGUUCAGACCAGUGAAGGUUGCAGGAGCGACGAUAUCCGUGCUUCCUUGGAGAAACUAGGAGUUCUCAAGAACUAGAAGUGUGCAUUAUUUGUAAAGCCUUCCCCAUGAGCAGUUUUUCUCUAUAUCUUGAACCUUUUGCCGCCCCCUCCCCGAAAAUUCGUUUGCCGGGGGAUUCGACAUAAAGCUCAAUACUUGUAUUUUCAUCAAAUUUAAACCUUUUGUUACUUUCUGGCUAUAUUUUUAGUUAAGAAAUAAAAAUAGUCAACAUAUGUGCAGAUUUGGAGGAGGACGAUCUCUCUCUGCGAUUUCAUAUGUUCA